AUGGCUAAAAUAUCGUUGCUGAGAGUGCUUCUCAAUGAACGAUUAACAGCGGCUGCUGAUGAGAUAUUUGGGGCUGUUGAAAAAACGGUGGCAGAGUACCAGGAAGAAAUCACUCGUUCAAAGGAGGAGAACGAGAAGCUACGGAAGCUGCUUGAUAUCGUUCUUAAACCAGUGAUAAAGUUGCAUAGAGCAGGUUAGUAACGUUAAUUUAUUAAAGUGUGUAUAUAUGAAACAUUUUAGCAGGGCAAACAACUGUUAGAAAACAACUCAACAACCACCCACCCAGUUGCCUAUUCACAGCCAAUAGCAAUCUAAUUUCACCUAAUUUUAAAAGUAAAACUUAGUUUUAAACUACUUUUUACGUGCAUUUGCAGAAAAACAGUUGGUUUCUGGUGGCAUAUGAACAAAAAUAUAAACUCAACGUGCAACAAUUAACGAUUUUACUGAGUUACAGUUCAUAUAAGGAAAUCAGUCAAUCAGGCCCUAAUCUAUGGAUUUCACAUGACUGGCAGGAGCGCAGCCAUGGGAGGGCAUAGGCCAACCCACUUAGGAGCCAGGCCCACACACUGUGGAGCCAGGCCCAGCCAAUCAGAAUUAGUUUUUCCUCACAAAAGGGCUUUAUUACAGACAGAAAUAUUCCUCAAUUUCGUUAGCUGUCCGGGUGGCUGGUCUCAGAUAAUCCCGCAGGUGAAGAAGCCAGAUGUGGAGGUCCUGGGCUGGCGUGGUUACUCGUGGUCUGCGGUUGUGAGGCCAGUUGGACGUACUGCCAAAUUCUCUAAAACGACGUUGGAGGCAGCUUAUGGUAGAGAUGGUAUUUUUGUGCAUUUAAAUUGCCAUCGAUAAAAUGCAAUUUGGGUUCGUAGUCCGUAGCUUAUGCCUGCCCAUACCAUAACCCCACCGCCACCAUGGGGCACUCUGUUCACAACGUUGACAUCAGCAAAUGGCUCGCCCACACUACGCCAUACACGUGGUCUGCGGUUGUGAGGCCAGUUGGCCAUACUGCCAAAUUCUCUAAAAUGACGUUGUCCACCAGGCUUAUGGUAGAGAAAUUAACAAAUUCUGUGGCAACAGCUCUGAUGGACAUUCCUGCAGUCAGCAUGUCGAAUGCACACUCCCUCAAAACUUGUGACAACUGCACAUUUCUUGUCACCAUCACAAGUUGUACCUGUGUAAUGAUCAUGCUGUUUAAUCAGAUUCUUGAUAUGCCACACCUGUCAGGUGGAUGGAUUAUCUUGGCAAAGGAGAAAUGCUCAUUAACAGGGAUGUGAACACAUUUGUGCACAACAUUUGAGAGAAAUAAGCUUUUUUGUGCAUAUGGACAUUUUCUGGGAUCUUUUAUUUUGGCUCAUGAAACAUAGGACCAAUACUUUACAUGUUGUCUUUAUAUUUUUGUUCAGUAUAAAUAGAUUUGUAACAGGUUAAUGUGAUUAUCACACUGCUUUGCUUUAUCUUGGCCAGGUCGCAGUUGUAAAUGAGAACUUGUUCUCAACUGGCUUACCUGGUUAAAUAAAGGUUAAAUAAAAAUAAAAUAAAAAAUUCUCCAUGACCCGUUACAGGAUAAUAUUGUUUGGCGUAGCACAGAGAAUUUUCAACCAACCUUAACUUGGCGAUACUUUUCAUUCUCAAUUCGGCCAAACGUGUAUCUUCUAAAAUGUCUGUGUCCAGUUGCAGGUGGAUCAUUUGAAUGCUCCGUUAUUAAAAUACGUUUUACUCCAUGAAGUAAUCCAACGAUGUGUAUGCCGCCAUUUUGUCUAUUUCAAAUCUUCUCUCAUUGAUCGAGACAGGUGAGUGUCAUCAUGACAUGCGGCACUUUUGGGUGGACCCACCUGUCUCAAUCAAUGACAUAGACAAGAUGCCAGCGUACACAUUGUUGGAUUACUUCAUGGAGCAAAACAUUUAUUUCUUUUUAAAAAGGGAGCAUUUUCUAAAUUCAAAUGAACCACCGCCUAAUUGAUGGGCAGAGUGCCGCUUGUAAUAGCCUCGAGCUCCCUCGUCUCCACUGCUACAGCCACCUUUCAACUACGCUACUGUAGUUACUAGGCUACUGUAUUGUGGUCGAAGUAUUGACAACAGAAAUGCUACGGUCAUUUUAAUAAAUCAAUAACUAGCAAUAAAAAGAGGUAGCCUGCCUUUGGCUACCUGUCAUGUUCCAGUAGGCCUAAAUGAGUUCAUGAUGAAUUUUUCUACAGCGAUUUAUUAUGCAAUGAAGUAGGUAAGGUUAUCCACCAAUAUAGCUCCCGACUGCUAGCAUGCGUUGCAUGAUCAUCUCUGCAAAUGGGAAUCGCAAGCCAUUGAUCAUGUAGGCAUGUUGCAUAUGGAUGCUCGAAAUAGAGAUUUAUUUGUAUUUCUAGAAUCAGAUGCCUAUAUGAAUGAAUAGGCAGGUCCAUCUUAAUUCUGGUAUUAGGCAAUGGGCUAUCAAUUUUCUGGUUAAUAUGCUGCAGUUGAUUGACUGGUUCCCUUGAGUGACGUCAAAGUCCAUUGUUUCAGAACGCCAAACGUCCCGAACGUUCAAAAGUACUUUGCAAACCGUUGGUUUAAAAUUCAUAUAGAUACAUUUUUAGGCAUAUCAUUUUAAUCAAUAGUCAGAAAAACAAUACUGUGGUGCCUGGUGAAGGGUUUCCUUCUCCAUGACCCCUUGUUUCAUAUACACCCUUUAAGUAAAUCACCAAGUACAUGUAUAGCUUCACAGAUGUGAGGAGAGGAGGGGGGGGCACAAUUAUGUUGUCUUGGUUUAUUAUUUUUGUCAACUGAAUUCACUUAGUCAUCUGUUUCAUCCUUCCUCCAGACCUACAGCAGCUCACUCUCCCUGUCUCUGAAAAGGUUCCUCCUGAGCAGCAGCACUGUGAGGAGGAGUGGAGCCCCAGUCUGGGGAUGGAGGACCCAGAGCCCACACAGAUUUAUGAACAGGAGCUCAGGACCAGUCAUGGGAGAGAGCAUCUUCAUGCUCUGGAGUCCAAAGACCCUAACGUUAUAUUCACUAUUGCUUGUGUCAAAAGCUUGUGUCAGAAUCAGGACUCAACUAAGCCUUCACAUAUUUACCAAACCAAAGGUGAGGAAUAUGGACAGGGAGCCUCUCUACCAAGCAUUUCAACGGAACAGAUCAAAACAGAACCUGAUGGAAAUGGAUACAUGUCAUUAGAACCAACCAGUGAACCUCAGCCCGUCUCUGCAUUUAAUCACUGUUCUGCUGUUCAGUGUGAAAACAGUGUAAUCCUCAGUGUAGAUCGUCUGGCGAGUGGAGAGCUUCCAUCAGGGUCAAAGCCACCGGAAUCAAAGAGAGCACGGGUCAGUGAAAUUGGUACUGCUGGUCUUCAUUGGUGCAAGUUAUGUGGGGAUUCCUUUCACACCAAGUUUUCUGUUAUGAUUAGAGUGCAUACUAGUGAGAGAGAACCUGUCAGUGGUGUGUGUGUAAAACGCUUUAUGUCCAAACAAAGUAGAUCAUCUUGAAACUAAGGUUGACACACAUUUUAUCAAAUGGAAAUGUCUGAUUUUGUGCAAAUAUUUCUCUUGCAAAUAUAAUCUGAACCUGCACAUGGAGACUCAUGAUGAGAAAUCUUUCCAGUGCCAGGUCUGUGAUGAUUGCUGUAAGGUAAAGAGUACUCUCGUAAAGCAUCAGAAUAUUCACAUAAGGGAAAAUGGAGCAAUGAAAUGGCAGCAGGUCUGUGAAAUGAAAGGGAAUUCCAAGAAAGUAACUUGAAUAAUAUUUUGAGCCAUCAGUGAGAAGGUACAGUUGAAGUCGGGAAGUUUACAUACACUUAGGUUGGAGUCAUUCAAACUUGUUUUUCAACCACUCCACAAAUUUCUAUUUAAAAACUAUUGUUAACAAACUAUAGUUUUGGCAAGUCGGUUAGGACAUCUACUUUGUGCAUGACACAAGUAAUUUUUCCAACAAUUGUUUACAGACAGAUUAUUUCACUUAUAAUUCACUGUAUCACAAUUAAAGUGGGUCAGAAGUUUACGUACACUAAGUUGACUGUGCCUUUACACAGCUUGGAAAAUUCCAGAAAAUGACGUCAUGGCUUUAGAAGCUUCUGAUAGGCUAAUUGACAUAAUUUGAGUCAAUUGGAGGUGUACCUGUGGAUGUAUUUCAAGGCCUACCUUCAAACUCAGGGCCUCUUUGCUUGACAUCAUGGGAAAAUCAAAAGAAAUCAGCCAAGACCUCAGAAAAAUAAUAGUAGACCUCCACAAGUCUGGUUCAUCCUUGGGAGCAAUUUCCAAACGCCUGAAUGUACCACGUUCAUCUGUACAAACAAUUGUACGCAAGUAUAAACACCAUGGGACCACGCAGCUGUCAUACCGCUCAGGAAGGAGACGCGUUCUGUCUCCUAGAGAUGAACGCGCUUUGGUGCGAAAAGUGCAAAUCAAUCCCAGAACAACAGCAAAGGACCUUGUGAAGAUUCUGGAGGAAACAGGUACCUAUAUCCACAGUAAAACAAGUCCUAUAUCGACAUAACCUGAAAGGCCGCUCAGUGGCUUCCUCCUUGCUGCUCCAAAACUGCCAUAAGAAAGCCAGACUAUGGUUUGCAACUGCACAUGUGGACAAAUAUCGUACUUUUUGGAGAAAUGUCCUCUGGUCUGAUGAAACAAAAAUAGAACUGUGUGGCCAUAAUGACCAUCGUUAUGUUUGGAGGAAAAAGGGGGAACUUGCAAGCCGAAGAACACCAUCCCAACCGUGGCAGCAUCGUGCUGUGGGGGUGCUUUUCUGCAGGAGGGACAGGUGCACUUCACAAAAUUGAUGGCAUCAUGAGGAAGGAAAAUUAUGUGGAUAUAUUGAAGCAACAUCUCAAGACAUCAGUCAGGAAGUUAAAGCUUGGUCGCAAAUGGGUCUUCCAAAUGGACAAUGACCCCAAGCAUACUUCUAAAGUUGUGGCAAAAUGGCUUAAGGACAACAAAGUCAAGAUAUUGGAGUGGCCAUCACAAAGCCCUGACCUCAAUCCUAUAGAACAUUUGUGGGCAUAACUGAAAAAGCGUGUGCGAGCAAGGAGGCCUACAAACCUGACUCAGUUACACCAGCUCUGUCAGGAGCUGUGGGAAGCUUGUGGAAGGCUACCCGAAACGUUUGACCCAAGUUAAACAAUUUAAAGGCAAUGCUACCAAAUACUAAUUGAGUGUAUGUAAACUUCUGACCCACUGGGAAUGUGAUGAAAGUAAUAAAAGCUGAAAUAAAUCAUUCUCUCUACUAUUAUUCUGACAUUUCACAUUCUUAAAAUAAAGUGGUGUUCCUAACUGACCUAAAACAGGGAAUUUUUACUAGGAUUAAAUGUCAGGAAUUGUGAAAAACUGAGUUUAAAUGUAUUUGGCUAAGGUGUAUGUAAACUUCCGACUUCAACUGUUUAUGAAUAGAUUAAAGUAGAAUUGUAAUAGGUAUUCUAAUUCUGCGUCUGUGCUGCAGGAUCGAGGCCCCGCUGCUGCCACAGCAAGCCAGUCCGUGGACUCCACUCUUUCCCCACCACCUUCCAGCCGCCCAGCUGUGCCCCGAUCCACUGCAUGGCGCCAAAAGAGGAAGGGGGAGGAGUAUGCACACACCCAGCAGCAGGGCGCUCUUUACCCGAAACGCUCUAAUGUAUACCGCUCGAAAGUUCACCCUGACAUUUCCAUUCCUCGUCUGACACCAGAAUAUGAUGAACUGCUCACCAACCGCAGCGGGGGCCGUCCUGACCGGUAUGCUGUUUUGUUAUUCCGUGCAUGUGUAACUGAGGAGAGAUACCGCGAGUGGGAACAGAAUACCAACUGGGAUGGAUCACGAGGCAAAUUUGGCUUGCCAGUGAACCUCCGAAUGUUCAUCAGGACCACUGUGUCUCAGAAGUUUCCUUCCAUGAGUGAUGCAACCCGAAAAAACAUAAAAGACAGAGUAAAUGAGUACUUGAGGUCACCGAGGAAGUCUGGACAUGGACUGCUCUCCCUUAUCUAA